UUUUUCAUUAAAAAAGUCGAUGCACUUUGCUAUGUUCGAUAAUGUUCAAGAAUCUCCGGUAGUAUUCAAAAUUAUAUUAAUGAAAAGUCACAGCAACGAUAAUAUUUAUAUAUUUUGCAAAUUAUUAAUAUUAUCGUUGGUAGCAUUGAAUAUGAGAUGAUUGGUCCGCGAUAUCUUUUUAGAGAAUUUCGCAAGAAUUUUUGCAAAUAUUGGUAAGAUGUAGCUUCCAUUUUGAAAACCGAAGCUACUCGAAAAGCACGUUAAACUGCUCUUCAUAUACUCUUCGGACAAACGCGUCUGUUUGUGCGUCCUUUUCGGUGACAUUAUAUUUUGAUUAAACAAUACUGUAAACAAUUGAAAAUAGCAGCAGUGUAAUCACUGAUAGUAGCUAUAUACAAAAAGAUGCAAGGGACUAUCAUAGAAAAUUUAAGCGGUAAAAAACUUUCAGUAUUAGUUGUACUGCUGAUUAUCGCACAAAUAAUUUGUUUUUUAAUUGGUGGACUGAUUGCUCCAACUCCUGCUAGUAGUCAGAAUAUACUUGGUACACCUUGCGAAGAUAUUCGUGUAAAUGGAUCUGAGCCAGGAGGAAAUAAAUGGUUUUAUCCAAGAGGAAAAGGAGCUUGCACUGCUGUUGAUAUGAACCGUUUUAGUUUUGAUAGCCAUCAUCAAGCAUACCAAGUUGUUUAUACAUUUCAGAUGCCUGGUCCUCGAUAUAGCAUGCAACUUGAUUACUCCAGAUGGCAACAAAAUUUGAUAGGUGUUCUACAAGUGGAUAUUGUUUAUCAUAGUCAAAUAGAAAUUGCUCCUAAGACAAAAAUCACAUUAGAUGCAAGACUCGCUUACAGAAACAAAGGUGAUCCAGAUGAGGCUUGGAAACCUUAUGCUGCCUCUGUGGUAGAAAGAAUUUUGGACUGUAGUAUUGAUGAUGCGAUGGAACAAUAUAAUUACAAUUGCAAGGUGGUCCCAUUAUUUGAACUUGGCUCUUUGUUCCAUGAUUACUAUCUUUUAAAUAUUCGUCUUCCUGCUGAUACAGAUAAAAAUAUCAAUCAGGGUUUGGGACACAUAACUGAUUUAUGGCUUACAGCUAUCAAUCAAAAUGGCGGAUUUACAAAGGUAUGGGUUAGUUUGAAAACCGUUUACUUUCCCAUUGUUAUAUGCGUUCUUGCUUGGUAUUGGAGAAGAGUACAUAUGCUUUCAAGAUCCCCAGCUCUUUUGGAAUAUUUACUUUUGGCAUUAGGCAUAGCUCUAACAUUUUUAAACACUCCUUUGGAAUAUUUGACUCUUGCUUAUGACAUGCCAUUUAUGCUUUUAUUGGGAGAUAUUAAACAAGGAGUGUUCUAUGCAAUUCUUUUAUCUUUUUGGCUUGUUUUUGCUGGAGAACAUCUUAUGAUACAGGAAGGUGAACAAAGAAAUUCGUUAAAAUGUUACUGGCGUCAUCUGUCUGCAGUAGGAAUUGGUUGCCUCUCAUUAUUUGUAUUUGAUAUGUGUGAACGUGGUGUACAAUUAAGAAAUCCAUUCUACUCAAUUUGGGUUACAGAUCUUGGGACUAAAUUUGCUUUAUCAUUCAUCAUUUUAGCCGGUAUAUCUGCUGGCGUGUAUUUAAUAUUUUUAUCUUACAUGAUAUGGAAUGUAUUCAUGAAUAUUAGCGCAAAAAGAGCUGCAUUACCUAGCAUGAGUUCUGCACGACGUUUACAUUAUGAAGGAGUAAUAUACCGAUUUAAAUUUCUGAUGAUUACUACGCUGUUAUGCGCAUCUUUAACCGUUAUUGGAUUUAUGCUUGGCCAGGUUGCAGAAGGACAGUGGAAAUGGGACGAAGACUUACAUUUGGAAAUGACAUCUGCAUUUUUCACCGGAGUCUAUGGAAUGUGGAAUAUUUAUAUCAUAGCACUAUUGUGCUUGUAUGCACCAUCACAUAAACAAUGGCCCAUCGAACCAUCCGAAAAUAGUAUUAGCGAAGAAAUUGAAUUUUCGCGUUUAUCUACCGAUCCAAAUGAGAUGUUGUCUUUGACAGCGUUUGCACGAAAAGCGGCGGUAGAGUAAAUAGUAUACAUAUUUUAUAAAAGAACAAAAGCAUGGCAAUCGACCAAUCAACAAUUUUGUACUUAAUUAUAGCAUGUAAAUGCUAUGAAUAUAAAUUAAUUAAGGUUUUUCAAUAGUCAUAGAGAAUGCAAGGACUGAUGAUAUACUGGAAAGCAAUCUCUUAAUACCAAAAUUAAUUAUUUAUUAAAAAUAAUAUUUUUUAAGCUUUACCAUUUUUAUAAUGCAACUUAGUAUCUAGCAAUUUUUUACGAUGAUAUUUAAGUACUUAAUAUUUUAUAAAUGAAGCGAAUGAGAAAAGUUAUUUUAUACAGGAUGUUUUUCAUUACGUUCAUUUUCGUACAUAAUUGCGUUAGGGUAACGUGUAGCCGGAGUCAUUUCAUAAAACAUUCCAUUUAAAAUCUAAAUAUCAUAAUUUUUGAAUAACUCUUUUCUAUAUGUCGCAAACUACCUUUGCCGGAAAUUGAAAAAGAAUCUCAUUGCCAUGCUUACAGUAAUAAUCUUCCAACGAAUUCAACAAUCUUGCGACACUUAUUUUCUUAAACGAUAUUUAAUCUAUUCCGUCUUUUUAUAAUACAUAUCAAUAUUGGGCAUUUAUCCGUAAUUAAUGUUCAUAAAUGUGCAUUUAAUUGUAGUUAAAUAAUACUGAACAUGUGCAUCCGAUAUUUUUCAUUCUUAUAUUUGACAGUAUUAUGUUCCUCAGAUACGUUUUGUGUAUUACAUAUAUUUAAUGCAAAUGUUUAACAAACUUCAGUGCAUUAAUUCUUACAGACUAAGAUGUGCAUGCAACAAAGUAGAAGCGAAGCAGAAAGAUGUAAUAAAUUUGUAACAUUUGAAUAGAACCAAUCUAGUGCACAUUAGCUACUUAUAAAUAGUACUUAUAUUUGCAGCAAUAGGAAUUAGUAUUUUCUACUUGUAAUGUAUCUAACGAGAUCUUAUUAAUGAAUGGUAAUUUCGAAACAAACUUUGUAUUAUAUUAUUAGUUAUAAUAUUUUCUUAAUAACUGAAUGUGACGUAAAAAUAAAAUGUAAUGUA